AUGGCUCAUCAUGUGUGUUCGGAGAAAUGUUCUCCUCAUAUUCCAAAGAUUAACUACGCAGCAAUCAAUGCUAAUGAUAUCUUUGAUGAUAAUGUUAUUUUAAAUGUUGCAUUUUGUAAUAGUCUUUGUGAUGUAAAAUGUCCAGAAUCUGAUUGUUUAUUUGCUAUGGAAAUUUUCAAAGAAUUUAUUCAAGAAAAUGAUGAAUUUGAGGCCAAUUUGACCAAUAUUGAAUUACAUCCUACACAUGAGGUGAAAGACAAGAUAUUUGUAAGUGAAUCAAAUGUGGAUAGAGUGGCUAGCUUAAUUGUUGAGUAUAGAAAAUGUGGCAAAAUGUGUCUCUAUAAGAAAGUUGAUUAUGACUUUGAGAUUUUGAUUUUAUUGAUUAAUGAGUUUGAAUAUCUAUAUUUUGGUCAUGCACAUGGUCAUGCAUUUUAUGGAAUGCCAGGAUUGACGUAUUUGAGCUCAGAUGGUAGUUCCCCUGAAGUGUCUAAAUUGUUUCCAAAGAAAGUGAACGAUUCAUUUGUUCCAAUUCCAUUGAAUGAAUUAUUGGAAAGUGCCAAUUAUUUUCUUGAAUCAUUACUCCUUGAUCGUUAUCAUUAA